AUGGAGGAGAAGGUCUUGCCGAGCGUCGUUGAAGAUGCAAAUCUUCCACAGAAAGAUAGCAGAAGUCAACGAUCAUCAACUAGAUACAUCAUCGUGGCCAUCUUGGCCAUUAUGUUGCUAUCAAAAUGGCUCAAAGUACCAUGGGCGAUACAUUCUCAGAACAAUGCCACGGUGCCCUGUCAUCAAGGAAUUUCAGGCCUUCACAGUUAUUCCGGUGAAAACGUCUCCUGGACGAGCUGCGGUGAGGUUGCAGGCAGACCGCUGGAAUGUAGCGAAAUAUCUGUGCCUAUGGAUCAAUUCAACGCAACGAAUUCUGGCGACAAAACUUUCAGCAUCUCAUUGAUCCGCUUGCGAGCACACAAUGACACGGCCCAGAACCUGCUGCUCAAUCCCGGCGGCCCUGGAGGUAUGAGGAUGGCAAGACAUCACUUUUCAAGUUCAUAUCUGACAUAUUCACAGGCAGUGGUGUGGAGUUUGUCUUCCGCAGGGGAAAACAGCUGUCCGAGAUAGUGGGUGAAGGAUUCCAUCUUCUGAGCUUCGAUCCGCGUGGCAUCAAUGGUUCCAAGCCCAACGCAAACUGCUAUCCGACCCAGGAAGCCCGGAGAAAGCUUUCCAGUGUUAGAUCUAGCGAAGUUGUCCAUGAUUCUCCAGAACUGUUCGCUUGGACGCAUAAUUUUGUACAGGCUUGCGCGGAUACCUUGGGCGAGCAUGGCAAGUACAUCAAUACUCCACAGACUGCUGCCGACAUGAACAGUAUACUGGAUGCCAUUGGACAGCAAGACAUGGUGUACUGGGGCUUCAGCUAUGGUACGCUUCUCGGCCAGACUUACGCCAGUCUGUACCCAAACCGAUCCGCAAGGGUCAUCAUCGACGGUGUCGUCAAUGCAUUCAAUUGGUACGGCGAUGUUCAAUAUGACGAAUCUUUCACCGAUACCGAAAACGUGCUCGACGGCUUCUUCUCCGAGUGUAUCAAAGCAGGCGUGGAGAACUGCACCCUGUCGUCACUUGGGUCUUCGAAAGAAGAGCUUCGCAAACAAGUCUUUGAUUUCUCCGCCAAGUUGAAGGAGCAACCUCUUAACGUAUACAUCAACAACACGUCCCACGGCCUCCUCACGUGGACCGACAUAUGGUACACAGGGAUCUUUCCAGCUCUCUACAAGCCUGCGAGCUGGUACACUGUGUCUCAAAAUCUUGCCAUGCUCUUGAAGGGUAAUGCAACAGCUGCUUGGCGGGCAUGGGGCGGUGGCGACGGAUUCGGUCUCGAAGGCGAGGCCAACACUGUUGUAUCGAUGAAUGAUGCCCUCACUGGCCCCGCAUACUGGCCCCAAGACAGGAAGUCCUUGCUCAAGGAAAUUGUGGAACUUACGAAUAGGAGCAUCUUCGCUCCUACCGAGAACGAUGGUUACUACACUCGCCAGCAAUGGGUCGUUCCACGCACACAUAACUUCACACAAGACUAUGACGUGGAAACGGCCCAUCCAUUGCUCAUUCUUUCGACAUCGUACGACCCCAUCUGUCCCUUGGUAUCCGCCAAGGCCGCGCAAACAGCGUUCAAAGACUCUCAGAUCGUCGAAGUCGAAGGAUAUGGGCAUUGCAGCGUGGCAGUGACGUCGAACUGUUUGGCAAAGCACGUUCGAGAUUUCUUGUAUAACGGCAAGCUGCCUGAUAAAUAUACCAAGUGUGAAGUUGAUGGACCGUACUUCGUCAGGCCGGAGGAAGACGGAAAAGUGAGGGCGCUGAAGUCCUUUGAUACUGCGGAGGAAGAGAAGAUCCAUCUUGCGCAAUUGGAGCUUGCGAGGGAUUGGCAAUGGCCUGUAGCCGUACGCCAGGUGGCGCGUCCCUGA